AUGGGAAUUUUGGAGUGUGAUGUGUGUGCUUUGUUGUUGUAUGAGCCGGUCACGACGCCUUGUCAGCAUUCGUUCUGCGCCAAAUGCCUCAGUCGGAGUUUGGACCAUAGUCAUCGAUGUCCGGUUUGUCGGCAGGACUUGCCUAGCUAUGCGUAUUUCCAGGAUCAUGCUGUCAAUCGUGUUCUCCUCACUAUCAUCAAAACCGCCUUCCCCACCGAGUAUACGGACCGGCGCGACUCUAUCGAAAAAGACGAGCGCGACGCCCGCCUUGACACCCCCAUCUUCAUCUGCACCCUCGCCUUCCCCGGCAUGCCGACCAUCCUGCACGUCUUUGAGCCCCGCUACCGACUCAUGAUUCGGCGCUGUAUCGAGAGCUCGUCGCCCCGCUUUGGUAUGCUCAUGCCGAGUCGCGGAAGCGAUGGGGUGGGGGAUUACGGGACGAUGCUCGAGAUUCAGAGCGUGCAGAUGUUGCCGGAUGGAAGGAGUAUGGUGGAGACUGUUGGAACGCAGCGGUUUAGGUUGUUGGAGAAGGGCGGGUUGGAUGGGUAUACCGUUGGGCGGAUCGAACGGAUUGACGAUAUUUCGCCAGAGGAAGAGGCGGCACUCGAGCAAGAUGCGGUCCGGGAAGCUAUCGCCCGGGCCGCUUCCACUGCCCUCAUGGCCGUCUGUCACGCCUUUAUCGACCAACUCCGCUCAGGAUCAGCUCCCUGGCUCCUCCAGCGCCUCAACAAUACCUACGGUACCAUGCCCUCGGACCCCGCCGAGUUUAGCUAUUGGAUGGCGCUCGUCAUGCCGAUUGAUGAGGUUGAAAAGGCGCGAUUGUUGCCGAUUCGGAGUCCAAGGUUGAGGCUCAAGGUGAUUGUGCAUUGGGUGGAGAGUUUACGGGGGAGUUGGUGGUUCUCGAGCGGGUGA